GGUUUCAUGUGUUGGCUGCCCUCCCAAUAAUCGUCCUUGCUGAUCCUCCUCCUCCUCCUCCUGCUGCUCCUCGACUUCCUCGGCCGGCCGACCCCCCCUAAUCAUGUCGCCCUCCCCUACUUCUUCAUCUCUCUCCCCCUCCGCUCCUCCUCCUCCUCGCUCCUCUACACGACCUUUCUCGCCGUCUUCCUCAUCUGCUGUCGUCCCCCAGCCAACCCAAGCUCAAUUAAACCUCGCUGCUUUGGCCGGGUCCCCAUCGUCACCGCGGACCAUGCGAGGCUUGCGCAAGUUCAAGUCUCAUCAGAUCCUCUCCUCUCAUCCGCCACCGCCUUCCUCCUCGUCCUCCGGGCGCCGCUCGGCCGGCGCGGAGGAGCUCACCGCGCCCGGACCCCAGCUCGAUUCCCCCGUGCGGCUUCGCAGCACGCAUCGCCGUGCACGUUCCAACAGUGAUACUUCCUCCCGCGAGCCACCCGUUAUCACCGCGCAGCGACGACCAGGUAGAAAAACUGGGUCUGGUUUCGGAGUCAAGCGGUCAGUGCUCGAGUCGCUUUUGCGCGAUGGUCCGCAACAUGGAAACAUUCGAGAAGGUCUAGAAGAACUGCGUUAUCUUGUCCUCUCGACGCGCGUUGAAGCAGACGCCGAUGGCAUGUCUACCUAUCGUGUUUAUCUCUGGCUCGUGCUCCUCGAUACGCCGCCCGUAUCGACCGACGAAUACCUCUCACUGAUCCACCGAGGCCGGUCCCCCGCUUACGCUAAGAUUCGCAAUGAUACCUUUCGCACCUUGGCCACCGAUCCUCUCUUCAAGCGGCGCGUCACGGAGGCCAGUCUAAUACGACUUCUAAACGCCGUUGCUUGGAAGCUUCACGAUGCGAAGAACAAGCGUCACCACCGUCCGCGGCUCUCGACCGGCCGACGGCGCGAGAUGGAGCUCCUUAUCCAUACAUCCCCAAGCAUAGCGGAAGAGCCUUCCCCCAUCACCAGCACACCCGGGAGUGUGAUGAGCAAUAGUACCGGCAGCGCUUUUGGCAGUCCUGGAAUUACAAACGAGUCCGCCAUUUACGUGCAGGGAAUGAAUGUGCUAUGUGCACCAUUCCUCUACGCCGCCCGCAGUGAAGUGGAAGCUUUCGCCUUAUUUUACUCAUUCACCCUUCGGGAAUGCCCGGGCUACAUCCGAGGAGCCAUGGACGGUGUUCACAGAGGCCUGCGGCUUGUCGAUCGAUGUCUAGAGAUUGUUGAGCCCAAAUUAGCCGCCUAUCUCUUCUCCAAGGGUCUACAGGCGGAACUGUAUGCAUUCCCCUCUGUGUUGACCCUGUGUGCGUGCACGCCACCUCUCCCAGAGGUACUGCACCUGUGGGACUUUCUAUUCGCCUAUGGGCCACAUCUGAAUAUUCUUUGCAUCGUUGCGCAAUUGAUCCGAAUGCGGGAUAUGAUCCUCGAAAGUCCAAGUCCCAAUAAAAUCCUCCGAUCCUUCCCUCCACUCGACGCCAAGGAGAUCAUCGCCUUGACCGUCCUGCUGGUUCGCAAGAUUCCCGAACCGCUUUACGCCGAACUAAUCGACCACGCUAAAUAAAGCCCCUGCGCUUUUCCAGCUUUCUUUUCGUUGCCCUGCUCAGGACCAAGCAAUACGAACCGGGACCACAUCCUUCCCAAUGGGUCCUGUCACAGACUCAUGGGCCGAUGCAUUGGCUACCACCCUCCCCCUACCCCCCACUCCCCACCCUUUCUCUCCCCAUUCCCACUGGAAUGUCCACGAUGCCUCUUUGAAGUCAAUCCCACCCCACUCAACUUGACCAAACACAUAUGAUACCUACUGCCAUGAGUUCCGACGAAAUGCCAUGAUGAUUGCCUAUUUGCUUGCUUGCUUGCCUUCUGUUUCUUAAACUUCCACCUGCAUUCUUAAGGAAUUGAUGGGGAGAAUCAACCUUUU